AUGAUUAUUUGCGAUAAUUUUAAUGUUGUCGUUAAAGAAUUGCCAGUUGGAGUUUUAAAAAAUUACACAAUCGACAAUACAGUUGAAUAUAUUAUAGAAAUUAAAAAUCUUUCACAGAAUAUAGAUAAAGUUCCUCCUAGAAUAUUUUUAAAAUGCAAUGAAUGUAAUGGAGAAAAUCCAUUAUUAGUUGUCGUUAUGCAAAACAAAGGAGUUUUAUCAUGGGAGUUACCUGUCAUCAUAGAAUCGAAAGAACAUUAUUCUAUAUAUAAAGAAACUGAAAGAACUUUGUGCCCUUACAAUAUAAUUAAUAGCUCCCUGUUAAAUUUCGAUUAUUCAGAAAAUAAUAAUUCAGUCAUUCCUAUAGCUCCUGUAAAGCUAACAUUAUCAACAUUUAGUUUAAAAAAACUUCAAGUUGAACUUAUUGUAAAUUUACAGUAUGAUUUCUUAAUCGAUUUAAAUGAAAGCAAAACAGUUAAUGUGACACCAUCAACUCCAUAUUUUUAUCUUUACGAGUUUCAAUCAGAAGAAGUUAACUCGAUACUUUUACACGUUACUUCCGAUGAUGAUACCUGUAUGAUUGUAUCAAUACAAAAUGUUUCAUGUCCGAUAUUCGAUUUGGAAGAAAAUGUUCAGUACAGGGGUCACUUUCAAACCAUAACAAGACAAGGAGGUCUUACUCUUACAAGAGAUGCUUUUCCGAAUGGUUUUUAUAUAGUUCUUAUUGUCACCGGAGAAGACAAUUAUUGUUUUUCAAAGUUUUUAGGGAAUGAGUAUGACAGAACGAAAAGUGUUACAGUACAACUUUCAAAAUCGAUUUCUUCAUCAGAUUAUAAAAUUGCAGUUUUACUUACAUUAUUAGUUCUUUCACUUUUUUGUACUUUGAUGUUUACAGUUUUUUAUUACAAUUACAAUAAAGAAAAAAAUUUUAUACCAGAUGAUUGUUUUAUCGAAUCUGAAAAUGAAGUGUCUGCUUCGGUAUCAAAUGCUGUUCUUCCUGCUUUAAGUCCUUCAUCUCCAGGACCGUUUAUAGUGGGAACAGACACUUUAAGUAUAAAAACAGAUUCUUCACUGGACGAAACGGAUUAUGAUAACGUUUCAGAUGUGGAAUUCGACAAAGAUAUUUUCAGGUUGAAGGGAUACAUGUACCUGUGCGAUUUGGCUAGGAAAAAUCAAUCGGUUUUAAAAAAAAAAUCAGAAAUGUAUUUGUGGAAUUUGUUAACGGUUGCAAUUUUUUAUUUUUUACCCGUUUUACAAUUGGUCAUAACCAAUCAAUACCAAGUUAACGAAACGGGAGAAGAAGAUUUGUGUUAUUAUAAUUUUUUAUGCGCUCAUCCAUUUUUAUUUUUUUCGGAUUUCAAUCACGUUUUUAGCAAUAUCGGUUAUUUACUUUUCGGAAGCCUUUUCAUAUUUAUAACGGCCAUGAAAGAAAGACUGUACAAGAUAAAAAUAUUUAGUAAUAAAAAAUUAUACAGGUUUUACGGUAUUCCGCAACAUUUUGGAUUGUUUUAUGCGAUGGGUGCCGCAUUGAUAAUUGAAGGAAUAUUGAGUGCUUGCUAUCACAUAUGUCCAAAUCAUUAUAAUUUUCAAUUCGAUUCCAGUUUCAUGUAUGUCAUAUCGACUCUAUGCAUGAUAAAAAUCUAUCAAACGAGACAUCCGGAUAUAAACGCAACGGCUUAUUCGACAUUUUUUUCACUCGCCGGAGUUAUAUUCAUUGGAAUGUGUGGAGUUUUCAACAACACUCCGACAUUUUGGAUAUUAUUCACCAUUUUGCAUUUAUCCAUUUGUGCCUAUAUAUCGUUGCAAAUAUAUUAUAUGGGAAGAUGGAAAUUGGGAAACAUUUCGUUUUGUCAAUUUUUCAAAGAGCUUCGACUUUGUUUUUACUGUCACUGGGGUUAUUUCAAACCUUUGUUUCCGAGCAGGUGCCUGUUGUUGAUUGUUGCCAACGGUUGCAAUUGGGGUCUCGCAAUAGGACGAUUUUUUUACAAAAUUGAAAAUUUUUCAUCAUACCUAUUGUCCAUAUUUAUGGUUAAUUUAAUGCUUUACACGCUUUUUUACAUAAUAAUGAAGUUCAUUUGCAAGGAACGUCUUUUGCCACAAUCCAUUUUUUACAUUUUGGUAUCAGUUUUGGGAUGGACUUUUGCACUUUAUUUCUUUUUUAGCAAAACGACAUCGUGGAGGUUGACUCCGGCGGAAUCGAGGCUUUACAAUCAACCUUGCCAAUUGUUAAAUUUUUACGAUAAUCACGAUAUAUGGCAUUUUAUCAGUGCCGCAUCCAUGUUUUUUUCAUUUAUGGUCCUUUUAACGUUAGACGAUGAUAUUACAUACGCGGACAGAUCGAAAAUUUUGGUUUUUUAG